UCAAAGCAAUAUGGCGGCUUGACAUAAUAACUUUUGAUACGGAAUAUAUUAUUUUGAUUCUAACGAAAUAAUUAUCGGAAGAUUUUAUUAAAUUACUGCUUAUAUGAAAGUUAACAAGAAGGUAUCUUGCGCCAUACGAAUGUUUGUGUAAUGUAUACGUAAACCGACUAAAAGUGAAGUUUUCUCAAUUUAAAACUAGGUAGUGCUUCCAAAAUUUAUUUUAUUAAUAGAUGCAAAGAUGUCGUUAAUUAUUGAAUUAAACUAGUAUUGUUAUGCAGUAAAUUUUAGUACUAGCUAUCGUGUUUCUAUGAAGGACUAUGUCGUCUACACAAAGCAAAAUGCGAGGAAGACCACCAAAAUCAAAAAACUCUUGUACAUGGUGUGGAGAAACUAAGCAACCUUUAAAAUAUGUUCUUCCAACGCAACAUGGGAAGAAAGAAUUUUGUUCAGAAACCUGCUUAUCUGAAUUUCGUAAAGCUUAUGUACGAGGUGCAUGUGUUCAAUGCGACAAUGUAAUAAGGGGUACACCAGUGAGAUUAGAACAAAAAGAUGGACCCACAAAAGAUUUCUGUUCUUCAUUUUGUUUGAAUAAGCACCAGAAAAAGGAAGGACAAACGGAUAUAAAAAAGAAUAAUAGGGACCAGUCAUCACCUGCACCAUCUCUUUCGCCAUCAGGAUUAUUAAGUGGAAAUAAUGUUCCAUCUACAACCCAAUCUUUUGCAAAUUCAAAUAAUCAUACAACUGUGUCUCAUCCUCCAUCAACCUCUGGCGGCCCAUUUCAGUAUGAAACGUACCAAACUUUUGAUUGGGAUCUUUAUUUGAAAGAAACGAAUAGCCAAGCUGCACCAGUUGAAUGCUUUAAACAGCACGAAGUUCCGCCAAUUAAUGAAUUUAAAAUGGGUAUGAAGUUGGAAGCUCUCGAUCCUCGUAAUUUAACAUCAACUUGUAUUGCAACUGUGGUUGGUGUACUUGGUCCACGCCUUAGAUUACGACUAGAUGGUUCGGAUAAUAAAAAUGAUUUUUGGCGCUUAGUUGACAGUAAUGAGAUUCAUCCAAUUGGUCAUUGUGAAAAAUCUGGAGGCAUGUUGCAACCUCCCUUGGGCUUCCGAAUGAAUGCUUCCAGUUGGCCUAUGUUUCUGUUAAAAACACUAAAUGGUGCAGAAAUGGCUCCUGCAAAAGUAUUUAAACGCGAACCAAAAACACCACGUUCUAACAUGUUUGAAAUUGGCCAUAAACUAGAAGCCAUAGACAAAAAAAAUCCACAACUUAUAUGUACUGCAACUGUUGGUGCUGUUAAAGAUGAUAUGAUUCACAUUACAUUUGAUGGCUGGAGAGGAGCUUUUGAUUAUUGGUGCCGCUUUGACUCUAGAGAUAUCUUUCCUGCUGGGUGGUGCUUUAAAAGUGGUCAUCCGUUGCAGCCACCAAGACAGAAAUCAACGGGGCCUAAUAGAUUUAAGUCGAGGACUAGUAAUGUUUUACCGGUAAUGGCAAUAUCAGGUGGAGGUACUAAUGGAGAACCAGCUGUUGCAUUAGUGAGUCCUGCAGGUUCCAGUGCUCCUCCGCAACCAGCUACUGAACCUGACACUAGUACAGCUAAUACCAAACCACAUUCUUUAGAGAAUGUUACAAUUUAUGUAAAUCAUAAUUGCACAUGUGGUCCUUACUUUGAUCCUCGUAAAGUAAAAGCAAUGCCAGCACAAUUUGGCACUGGUCCCAUAUUAAAUGUUACAAGAGAUAUAUUUCAAGCUUUCCUGAUGGCAGCAAUGAGUCCAAGACAAAUGCUAAGCUUAUUAAAACGUGGUGAAGGAGAAAGCAUAAGCUUAAUUUUAGAGAGUAAACCUACUUCCGUUAGGUUACCAAUAUUUAUGGAAGAAGAGGAUUUUUAUAUAUACAUUAGGCGACAACUUGAAGAUCUUUGUGCAUGUGAGCACCUGUUGUUUAGAAGAAAAGAAGCAUGCAAUAAAUGCCCAAAUACUCAACAACCUCAGUCCACAAAUAACGAAGAAACAGUUAAUAUUACUACCGCUACAACUAAUACCAAUACUACCGCAGAAAAAAGAAGGUGGUCGUCUCAAAGUCAACAAAGCUUAUCCUCAACCACCCAACAACAACAGAUACAACAAAAUUCUGUGCCAAGUAUGAAUAAUUCGACGCUCUCAUCGCCUACAGUUGCAAAACAACCUCGGAAAUCCGUUCCCGAACUUGAAGCUGCAACAUCCACUACUCAGUCUGAAAGUUCUAUGAAUCGUACAGCCUCUGUUGAACCAGCAGAGUGGACUAUUGAAGAUGUAAUACAUUAUAUUGGUAUCACUGAUCCCGCGUUAGGACAACAUGCAGACUUAUUUAGAAAACAUGAAAUUGAUGGAAAAGCUUUAUUACUUUUAAAUUCUGACAUGAUGAUGAAAUAUAUGGGACUAAAACUUGGGCCAGCACUUAAAAUAUGCAAUUUGGUGAAUCGUAUUAAAGGGUAUUUACCUAUUUGUAGUAAAUAUUUUAAGGCGUGAUUCUACAAACCGAAAUAAGAUGAAAAUCAACAUUGCAUGUGUACAUAUGCGUACGUCUGGUCACACGAUUACGCCUAAACGGCUGAAUGUACUCCAAUGAAAUUUCAUAUUUAAUUUUUGUAUUCCCUACAUUGUGUAAUUUUGAUUAGAUUUUACUUCUUAAAACUUGAUAGAAUGAUGUUUGUGUUGACUGAUAACAAAUCUGAACUCAAAUUCCCUACAUUCAAAGUGACCAAUGUGGUAUGUUGGAUCAAAAAUUGAAAAAAUGCUAUAAUCUUUAUGAAAUUCAGAAUCCAUGUUUCUUUUUUAGUUGUCUAUUACAAAUUUAAGAUCAGAUUUUUAGAAUUGGAAGUUGUCGAUGAAAUAUGGUAGUUCAAAAAUCGAAAUUCAUAUUAAUAUCUGGAGACUAUGGAGGGCUUCAUGCAAAAAAUUUAUAUUUACAUUUAGGAGAGAUUAAUUGGCGAAUGAAAAGGUAUAUUAUAUAUGAUGCAUCAUGCAACAAAGGGUUCAAUAAAAUCUGUCCAUGUAUAGGGAUAGUUACCUCAUGUAGUUUUGUUUUCUUUUAAAUAUAUUCAUACUUUUUUGUGACAAUUACAAUAAAAAUGUUUUAAUUAAAUUUGAAGGAGAAUUUAAUUUUGUAUAGAACAGCUAAAUAAACUUCUUCAUCUUCUCUAAUAAUAAAAGAUUAAUUAAACUUUUCGCUUAUUCUUAGUAAUUAAUAAUUCAGACACAAAUCCUCAAACACAAAUUUGUUAAUUUUGAUAUUCGUUUUACUUUGUGGUGUAAAAUCAUUACUUAAAAUAUCUACCACCAGUAGGUGAAUGCCCUGUAUAAUGUAGUGUCAUUUUUUUUUAUAAAUUAUAAAUUUACUAGUAAUCCGAAAUAUUAUACAUAACAAAUUUUUCGUAUUUAAUUUAUAAGAAAAAUAUAUGCAGUUAUGAAGUCAAAAGUUCAAAGUACAUACAAGCGUCGUUUACUGCAAAACGAAUUCAAUCAUGUAAUCUCUUUUUUAUAGUUCUUUAAUACCUUAUCCUAUUUUUAAGUAAGUAAUAAAUACCUAAUAAAAUACCUUUUUUUUUAUCAAAUCUAGUUUCACAUAUAUAAUUCAAAUAAAUACAAAUUGCUGUCUUACUCUUGUGAUUUGCAUUCCCAAUAAUAUGUAAUUAUACUUAGAAUGUGCACAUCCAUAUGUAUGUGCAUAACGUGCAUUAGUAUAUAUUUUAUAUUAGUGAAAACAUAUAGGAGUGUUAAAUUAGAAGGGCGUGUCUGCAUAAAAUUAAAUUUGAAAAAAAAAACAAAAAAAAAACACAUAUAUCAAAUUAUUUACAUGUAAUGCAUGCAAAAACUGAAGUUGUCAAAACCUCUUUAUACGUCCUUCUGUCAUGACACUCUCAAUGUGUAUCCUUUAUAUGGCUGCUUUCAUGUAAAAAAGUUUUCUAAAUAUGUAUUAUAUAUUUUUAAUAUAAUUUCAUAAAAAGAUUGUACGAACAUUAAGUAUAUAAUUCAUAGGCAAGCAGGGGCAUUAUUAUGUGAUUUAUAUAAUUUCUUAAAGAAUUUUCAUAGAUACAGUAUUGUAUUCUCUUACCUUCAUUUACUCUUCAUUUUAAGUAUCUACUAUGAGUAACACUUGCAUAUUAGUGCAGUAGUAUAAAUAAAUUUUUAUUUCAAUGUGUACAUAUAAUUUAUAAGGUAUGCAAAAUUAUCUCUGUGAUACAUUGCAUAAUUAUAAUAUUACAAGUUAGUUAUUAAAUAUAUACAAAUAUAAGAAACAGAAUAUUUUCUCACUAAAUCCAAUUUAUCUUAAACAUGUAAAACUAAAUAACAUAAAUUUCUUGUACAUAUAUGCAAGAAAUGAUGCAUGUAUACAAGUAGCAUGUUUAGAAUAAUAACAUUAAAAUAUAUUCUCAAUUAUAUUUAAUUUCAGAUUCAAUUGAAAAUUUGAAAAAUAAUGUUGUUAAUGUUCAAUGCAUACGCCAUAUAUCACCUUUACUGUAAAAUAAAACAAUGUAAUGAGUUACAUAUUGUUUUAUGGAUUAUUUAUAGUGUAAUAACAUUAAAAUUUAAGGAACUAUCAUUAAAUAUAGUCAAAUCAAAUGAAUUUAAAUAGCAUUUUUUAGU